AUGGGAAAAUCAAGUUUGAUUGCUAGGUUUUUGAGGAGCAAAAGCGUGGAUAGAUGUAGACUGGAGAAAUGGGGACCACUGGAAGAGGAGCAGGGAGAGUAUUUCAAGCAAAAGAGCAUAUCAGAAGGCCUUCAGAUGAAAGAGUUUGGCAUCUUCAAGGUGCAGUUUGACUCCAGGCUCUGGUUUGAACUGGCCAGGGUUCUAAAGGCUGCCUUUACUUGCUCACUGAGUCUGCAGUUUUUGGCACCUAAAAUUUUGAAAAAGUAUGAACUUAAUGAGAUUGUUGUGAAAAUUAAUGAGAUAAUGCCAGUUUACUCCAAAACUGAUGGUGAGACCUGGACUGAGGAUCAAUUAAUUAUAAAGCAGAAAACUCUUGAAGUAGGGCUGCGACUACACGAAGGAGAUGAAUGUGAACAAAACAAAAGGGGCUCUGUGAAUAUGGACAAAGCUUUCAUAACAGCACAAACUCUAUCCAACAGCCACAAAUUCUUAAUUGAAGAGAAAUCCCAAAUGUGUAAUAUUUGUGGAAAAUUACUCAGAUGGGACUCAUACCUUAUUCAGCAUGAAAGGAUCUAUACACAAGAGAAACCUUAUGAGUGUCAUGAAUGUGGAAAAGCUUUUGGCCAUAGUUCGAACCUUAUUCAGCAUCAAAGAAUACAUACUGAAGAGAAAUGCUAUGAAUGUAGUCACUGUGGGAAAAUCUUCCAGCACAGCUCACAUCUUAUCCAGCAUCAGAUAAUUCAUACAGGAGAGCUGCCUUAUAUGUGUAAUGAAUGUGGGAAAGCUUUAGGUCAGAGCUCAAGUCUUGUUCGACACCAGAGAAUCCACAUGAGGGAGAAACUCUAUGCGUGUAGCGAGUGUGGGAAGGCCUUCAGCCAGAGCUCAAAUCUAAUAGAACACCAGCUAGUUCACACAGGGGAGACUCCUUAUGAUUGCAGCUAGUGUGGGAAAUCUUUUAGUAGGAGUUCACUUCUUAUUAAACACCACAGGAUUCACACUGGAGAGAGACCCUAUAAAUGUUGUGAAUGUGGGAAGGCCUUCAGUCGGAACUCUCACCUUAUUCAGCACCAGAAAACUCACACUGGAGUAAAGGCUUCUGAAUACAAAGAAUGUGGGAAAACCUUCAAGUACAGUUCAUACCUUUCCAAUCAUCUGGGAAUCCACACAAGAGAGAAACUGAAUGAAAUGAAGGUGGUAGAGCCUUUGGUCAGAGUUCAGCUCUGA